AUGGGAUAUCGUCGACCUACACGAUGGUACCCUAGGGAAGACAAAAGGAGUAGAGGAGGACCACAAAAGAUGAGGUGGGAAGAUGACAUCAGACAAGUGGAAGGAGUGAUGUGGAACAGAGUGGCCCCAGAAAGAUAUGAAUGGAAAAGGUUUGAGGAGGCCAAGCGACUGGCAAACAGAUCUGCAGAAAUCAAGCAAAUUCCAAUGGAAUAG